AUGGAGAAGGAAGAGGAGGAAACCCGAGAGAUCCUGCUCCCCAACUGGAAAGGAAGCGGCUCUCACGGAAUCACCAUUGACCAGACGGAAGAUGGGGUCUUCGUGAAGCAGGUGGUGCAGACUUCCCCUGCUGCCAGAACUGUGAAGGAAGGGGAUCAGAUUGUGAGCGCCACCAUCUAUUUCGACAACCUGCAGUCUGGAGAGGUCACGCAGCUGCUGAACAGCAUGGGCCACCACACGGUGGGGUUGCGGCUGCAGCGAAAGGGGGACAAGUCUCCAUUGCCGGGACAGUCAUGGUCACACGAUGUGUUCUCACCCAGGAGCCCAGAAGUUGUUCUGAGUGGGGAUGAUGAAGAGUACAGGAGAAUAUACACAACGAAAAUUAAACCACGUCUGAAGUCGGAAGAUGCAGCAGAAGCUGAACACACAGAAAGCAGAACCAUUACCGUCACCAAAAAGGUCACAGCUUAUACCGUAGAUGUCACUGGACACGAAGGAGCAAGAGAGAUUGACAUCAGCAGCCCAGAAUUUAAAGUUAAGAUUCCAAGCCAUCAAGUCACCCAUAUAACAACAACAGAAAUUGAAAAAGAACCUGGGAAAACCGUGAUCAAAAUACCACAGGUGGAUUUGUCUGGGAAAACAGACUUCAGUAUGGGCAUCAGAGGUAGACCUAGUGGCAUCUCAUAUUCUGGACCGACAGUUGAAUCAUCCACCAAAAGGUUGGACUUUGGUGCCCCUGACGUGCACAUGAGAGAGCCCAAGGUGGGCACUGAGAUAAAUGUCUCAGGACCUCAAGUCACAGGCGUUCACCCGAGAACCCAGACAGACUUUAAGCCAGCAGAAAUUCAAGUUCCAGGUGUGGACGUUGUCAAAUCGGUUAAUGUUUCUGGCACUAGAGUCACAAGCCCAGAGGGCAGCUUGCCCAGAAUCGAUGCAAAUGGACAGAGGGGAAACCUGGAUGCAAAUAUUCACAUUACCGGCCCUAAACUAAAUGGAAAAAUGGGUGUUUCAGGGAUAGAGGUUAAAACUGAAGUUCCAGGAGGCAAACUGCCGCAAUUUGAUAUUUCAGGCUCCAAGAUAAGAAGCGAUACGGAAGGUCCCAAAGUUGAUGUAUCAUUUUCAAAAAUCAAGGGUCCUUCAGUUGAUAUUUCUGGCCCUAAGAUUCAAGGUGAUAUCAAAGCUCCAAGGGUGGACAUUCCUCUUUCGAGCAUCGAAUAUGAUAUGCAGGACAUUAAAGCUCCAGAAAUUAACAUUGAAAGCCCAGGAAAAAUAAAAAUGCCUAUAAUGAAGAUGCCUAAAUUUGGCUUCUCACCUUCAGCUUCUGAUACUGAUGUUCGAGCACCACAGGCAGGUGUAGACAUUUCUGUGCCAAAGAUACAGGCUCCUCACCUGGAUAUCACAGCUCCAUCUGUUCAUAUGGAAGGUCCAAAGGAAAAACUGAAAUUUACAGUGCCUUCAGUGGAAGGUGCUAAAAUUGCAAAGCCACAUGUGGAUGUGGCUCUCAAAGGACCUCAGUUGAAGGGAGUGGUGGAAGUGUCCUCUCCAACACUAGAAGGUCCCAAAGUUGGUGUCAAGGGUCCCAAGAUUGAUCUUGUGGCUCCUGAUGUUGAUAUUCAAAGUGGUGAAGGAAAAAUAAAAUUGCCCUCAAUGAAAUUUCCUAAAUUUACUGCAUCAGAUUUCAAAGGGGAAGGCCCUGGUGUGGGUGUGACGCUUCCUAAGGGGGAGAUUGCUAUUGCAGGCCCCAAGGUAGACAUCAGCACACCAGAUAUAGACACUGGAGGAGAAUGGAAAAUCCCCAAAUUUAGGAAGCCUGAAUUAAUUAGUCAGACACCAAAAAUCUCUAUGUCAGAUGUGGACCUGAGUCUGAAAGGCCCUAGCCUGAAGGGAGAUGUGGAUAUUUCAGGGCCAAGGAUCAAAGGGGAUCUGAAAGGACCCACUGUGGACAUUAAAGGCCCCAAACUAGACAUUGAAGCUUCUGGCAUUGACCUUGAAAGUCCUGAAGGUCAGUUGAAAGGGCCCAAGUUCUCAAUGCCUUCUUGGAAAAUGUCACCAUCAAAAGUAUCCAUGCCGGAUGUGGAUGUGAAUCUGAAAGGGCCUAAACUGAAGGGAGACAUGGAUGUUUCUGUCCCACAAAUAGGAGGUGACUUGAAGGGACCUCAGAUUGACAUAAAAGGCCCCAAGCUAGAUAUAGAUGCUCCUGACAUUGACAUCAAAGGGCCAGAAGGACACCUGAAAGGUCCCAAAUUUAAGAUGCCUGAAAUGCACAUCAAGACCCCUAAAAUCUCCAUGCCAGACAUUGACUUGAAUCUGAAGGGUCCUAAGCUGAAGGGAGAUGUGGAUGUUUCAGUACCAAAGCUGGAAGGGGAGUUGAAAGCUCCUGGAAUUGACAUUAAAGGCCCCAAAGUGGACAUUGAUGCACCAGAUGUGGAUAUUCACGGCCCAGAUGGUAAACUGAAAAUGCCUAAACUGAAAAUGCCAAAAUUCAGCAUGCCUGGGCUGAAAGGGGAGGGACCAGACGUGGAUGUAACACUUCCAAAGGGGGCGGUGGAUAUUUCCAGUCCGAAGGUACAAAUUGGUGCUCCAGGUUUGGAUGUUGAAGGACCCAAGGGAGAACUAAAAGGUCCCAAAUUUAAGAUGCCUGAAAUGCACAUCAAGACACCAAAAAUCUCCAUGCCAGAUGUCGACAUGAAUCUAAAAGCCCCCAAGCUGAAGGGAGAUGUUGGUAUUUCAGCGCCAAGGAUCGAAGGGGAUCUGAAAGGACCCACUGUGGACAUUAAAGGCCCCAAACUAGACAUUGAAGCUCCUGGCAUUGACCUUGAAAGUCCUGAAGGUCAGUUGAAAGGGCCCAAGUUCUCAAUGCCUUCUUGGAAAAUGUCACCAUCAAAAGUAUCCAUGCCGGAUGUGGAUGUGAAUCUGAAAGGGCCUAAACUGAAGGGAGACAUGGAUGUUUCUGUCCCACAAAUAGGAGGUGACUUGAAGGGACCUCAGAUUGACAUAAAAGGCCCCAAGCUAGAUAUAGAUGCUCCUGACAUUGACAUCAAAGGACCAGAAGGACACCUGAAAGGUCCCAAAUUUAAGAUGCCUGAAAUGCACAUCAAGACCCCUAAAAUCUCCAUGCCGGAUAUAGACUUGAAUCUGAAGGGUCCUAAGCUGAAAGGAGAUGUGGAUGUGUCAGUGCCAAAGCUGGAAGGGGAGUUGAAAGCUCCUGGAACUGACAUUAAAGGCCCCAAAGUGGACAUUGAUGCACCAGAUGUGGAUAUUCACGGCCCAGAUGGUAAACUGAAAAUGCCUAAACUGAAAAUGCCAAAAUUCAGCGUGCCUGGGCUGAAAGGGGAGGGACCAGACGUGGAUGUAACACUUCCAAAGGGGGAGGUGGAUAUUUCCGGUCCGAAGGUACAAAUUGGUGCUCCAGGAUUGGACGUUGAAGGACCCAAGGGAGAACUAAAAGGUCCCAAAUUUAAGAUGCCUGAAAUGCACAUCAAGACACCAAAAAUCUCCAUGCCAGACAUCGACUUGAAUCUGAAGGGUCCUAAACUGAAGGGAGAUGUGGACGUUUCUGUUCCAAAUAUACAAGGUGAUUUGAAAGGUCCAGAAUUUGAUCUUAAAGGCCCCAAAGUUGACAUUGACGCACCAGAUGUGGAUCUUCAUGGCCCAGAAGGUAAAUUCAAAAUGCCUAAAUUCAAAAUGCCCAAGUUUGGAAUGCCUGGGUUCAAAGGGGAGGGACCAGACGUGGAUGUAUGCCUUCCGAAAGGGGAGAUUGAUCUCUCAGGUCCAAAAGUAGACAUUGAUGCUCCUGAUUUGGAUUUUGAAGGGCCAGAAGGAAAACUGAAAGGUCCCAAAUUUAAGAUGCCUGAAAUGCACAUCAAGGCACCCAAAAUCUCCAUGCCAGAUGUUGAUUUACACUUGAAAGGUCCUAAACUGAAGGGAGAUGUGGAUGUUGCUGUUCCGAAGAUACAAGGUGAUUUGAAAGGUCCUGAAUUUGAUCUUAAAGGCCCCAAAGUUGACCUUGAUGCACCAGAUGUGGAUAUUCACGGCCCAGAGGGUAAACUCAAAAUGCCUAAACUGAAAAUGCCUAAAUUUGGUGUACCUGGGUUGAAAGGGGAGGGACCAGAUGUCGAUAUAGCACUUCCAAAGGGAGAGGUGGAUAUUUCUGAUCCCAAGAUAGAUAUAGAUGCUCCAGGUUUGAACAUUGAAGGGCCUGAAGGACACCUGAAAGGUCCCAAAUUUAAGAUGCCUGAAAUGCACAUCAAGACACCAAAAAUCUCCAUGCCAGACAUCGACUUGAAUCUGAAAGGCCCUAAGCUGAAGGGAGACGUGGAUGUUUCUGCCCCAAAGCUGGAAGGGGAAUUGAAAGCUCCAGGAAUUGACAUUAAAGGCCCCAAAGUGGAUAUUGAUGCACCAAAUGUGGAUAUUCACGGCCCAGACGGUAAACUGAAAAUGCCUAAACUGAAAAUGCCUAAAUUUGGUGUACCUGGGCUGAAAGGGGAGGGACCAGACAUGGAUAUAACAUUUCCAAAAGGGGAUGUGGGUAUUUCCGGUCCCAAAGUGGACAUUGAUAUCCCAAGUUUAGACAUUGAAGGGCCAGAAGGUAAAGUGAAAGGUCCAAAGUUUAAACUGCCUGAGCUAAAUAUUCAGACACCCAAAGUCUCCAUGCCAGAUGUGGACCUAGGUUUGAAGGCACCUAAACUGAAAGGAGAUGUGGAUAUCUCUGUUCCAAAGAUGGAAGGUGAUUUGAAAGGACCCAGCAUUGACGUUAAGGGGCCCCAAAUUGAUAUUGAAGGUCCCCAAAUGGAUAUUGAUGUGCCUGAUAUGGAUUUGGAAUGUCCAGAAGGCAAACUGAAAGGCCCCAAAUUUAGGAUGCCUAAAAUGAAUAUCAAGGCCCCUAAAAUCUCCAUGCCAGAUGUUGAUCUUAAUCUAAAGGCACCUAAACUGAAAGGAGAGAUGGAUGUUUCUGUUCCAAAGAUGGGAGGUGAUUUUAAAGGACCCAGCAUUGACAUUAAAGGUCCCAAAGUUGACACUGAUGUUGACCUUGAAUGUCCAGAAGCCAAAUUGAAAAUGCCAAAAAUGAAAUUUCCAAAGUUCGGCAUGCCUGGAUUCAAAGGAGAGGGCCCUGACAUGGAUGUGAAACUCCCUAAGGGACAGGUGGAUAUUUGCAGUCCCAAAGUGGAUAUUGAUGCUCCAGGUUUGGACAUUGAGGGACCGGAAGGAAAAAUAAAAGGUCCCAAAUUUAAGAUGCCUGAAAUGCAUAUCAAGACCCCUAAAAUCUCCAUGCCAGACAUUGACCUAAAUUUGAAAGGUCCCAAACUAAAAGGAGACGUGGAUGUUUCUAUUCCAAAGCUAGAAGGUGAUUUGAAAGGUCCUGAUGUUGAUAUUUCACCUCCCAAGGUAGAUAUAGAGGCUCCAGAGCUGGACAUUGAAGGCCCAGAAGGCAAAUGGAAAGGACCUAAAUUUAAAAUGCCUAAACUGAAUAUUAAAGCACCUAAAAUCUCCAUGCCGGAUGUAGACCUGAAUCUCAAGGCACCGAAAAUGAAGGGGGAGAUGGAUGUUACUGUUCCAAAGAUAGAAGGUGAUUUGACAGGACCUGAAAUUGAUAUUAAAGGGCCAAAAUUAAACAUUGAGGCACCUGAUGUGGAUCUUGAGUGUUCUGAAGGAAAACUGAAAGGGCCCAAAUUCUCAAUGCCUUCUUGGAAAAUGUCACCAUCAAAAAUAUCCAUGCCAGAUGUGGACUUAAAUUUGAAAGGGCCCAAACUGAAGGGAGACUUGGAUGUUUCUGUCCCAAAGAUAGAAGGUGACUUGAAGGGACCUGAGAUUGACAUGAAAGGCCCCAAACUGGACAUUGAUGCACCUGACAUCGGCAUUGACGGGCCAGAAGGAAAAAUGAAAGGUCCCAAAUUUAAAAUGCCUGAAAUGCACAUCAAGGCCCCAAAAAUCUCUGUUCCUGAUGUAGACCUGAAUUUAAAAGCCCCUAAAAUAAAAGGGGAAGUUGAUAUCUCAGCUCCUAAACUUGAAGGAAAUUUGAAAGGUCCUGAUUUUGAUUUCAAAGGCCCCAAGGUUGAUAUUGAUGCACCAGAUGCAGAUAUUCAUGGCCCAGAUGGUAAAUUCAGAAUGCCCAAAUUCAAAAUGCCCAAAUUCAGCAUGCCUGGGUUCAAAGGAGAGGGACCAGAGGUGGAUGUGAAGCUUCCAAAAGGGGAGAUGGAUAUUUCCGGUCCCAAGAUAGACAUUGAUGCUCCAGAGUUGGAUAUUGAAGGUCCUGAAGGAAGGCUGAAAGGUCCUAAAUUUAAGGUGCCUGAAAUGCACAUCAAAGCGCCUAAAAUCUCCAUGCCAGACAUUGAUUUGAAUGUGAAAGGUCCUAAAUUGAAGGGGGAUGUGGAUGUUUCUGUUCCAAAGCUAGAAGGUGACUUGGAGGGGCCUGAAUUUCAUCUCCAAGGCCCCAAAGUUGACAUUGAUGCACCAGAUGGAAAGCUGAAAGGUCCCAAAUUUAAGAUGCCUGAAAUGCACGUCAAGGCACCUAAAAUCUCCAUGCCAGAUUUUGAUUUGAACCUGAAAGGACCUAAAAUGAGGGGGGAUGUGGAUGUUUCUGUACCAAAGCUAGAAGGGGAUUUUAAAGGGCCCGAGUUUGAUAUCAAAGGUCCCAAAGUGGACAUUGAUACUCCAGAUCUUGAUAUUGAAGGUCCUGAAGGAAAAUGGAAGAGCCCCAAAUUUAAGAUGCCUGAAAUGCACAUCAAGGCACCUAAAAUCUCCAUGCCUGACGUCGACUUUAAUUUGAAAGGCCCUAAAGUGAAGGGGGAUGUGGAUGUUUCUGUUCCAAAACUUAAAGGGGAUUUGAAAGGGUCUGAAGUUGAUAUCAAAGGCCCUAAACUGGAUUUAGACGCCCCUGAUGUGGAGAUUGAAGGCCCUGAUGGGAAAUGGAAAGGCCCCAAAUUUAAGAUGCCUGAAAUGCACAUCAAGGCACCUAAAAUCUCCAUGCCAGAUUUUGAUUUGAACCUGAAAGGACCUAAAAUGAGGGGGGAUGUGGAUGUUUCUGUACCAAAGCUAGAAGGGGAUUUUAAAGGGCCCGAGUUUGAUAUCAAAGGUCCCAAAGUGGACAUUGAUACUCCAGAUCUUGAUAUUGAAGGUCCUGAAGGAAAAUGGAAGAGCCCCAAAUUUAAGAUGCCUGAAAUGCACAUCAAGGCACCUAAAAUCUCUAUGCCAGACUUUGAUUUGAACCUGAAAGGUCCUAAAUUGAAGGGGGAUGUGGAUGUUUCUGUACCAAAGCUAGAAGGGGAUUUGAAAGGGCCUGAGGUUGAUAUCAGAGGCCCUAAACUGGAUGUUGAUGUUCCUGAGGUUGACCUGCAGGGACCAGAGGGAAGAUGGAAAGGUCCUAAAUUUAAGAUGCCUGAGAUGCACAUCAAGGCACCUAAAAUCUCCAUGCCAGACAUUGACUUGAACCUGAAAGGCCCUAAAGUGAAGGGAGAUGUGGAUGUUUCUGCUCCAAAGAUUGAGGGUGAUUUGAAAGGUCCUGAAUUUGAUCUUAAAGGCCCCAAAGUUGACAUUGACGCACCAGACAUGGAUCUUCAUGGCCCAGAAGGUAAAUUUAAAAUGCCUAAGUUCAAAAUGCCCAAGUUUGGAAUGCCUGGGUUCAAAGGGGAGGGACCAGAUGUGGAUGUAAGCCUUCCGAAAGGGGAGAUUGAUCUCUCAGGUCCAAAAGUAGACAUUGAUGCUCCUGAUUUGGAUAUUGAAGGGCCAGAAGGACACCUGAAAGGUCCCAGAUUUAAGAUGCCUGAAAUGCACAUCAAGGCACCUAAAAUCUCCAUGCCAGAUGUUGAUUUGAAUUUGAAAGGCCCUAAAGUGAAGGGAGAUGUGGAUAUGUCUGUUCCAAAUAUUGAGGGCGAUUUGAAAGGUCCUGAGUUUGAUAUAAAAGGCCCCAAAGUUGACCUUGAUGCACCAGACGUGGCUCUUCAUGGCCCAGAAGGUAAAUUUAAAAUGCCUAAAUUCAAAAUGCCCAAAUUCAGCAUGCCUGGGUUCAAAGGAGAGGGACCAGAGGUGGAUGUGAAGCUUCCAAAAGGGGAGCUGGAUAUUUCUGGUCCCAAGAUAGACAUUGAUGCUCCGGAGUUGGAUAUUGAAGGUCCUGAAGGAAGGCUGAAAGGACCCAAAUUUAAAAUGCCUGAAAUGCAAAUCAAAGCACCAAAAAUCUCCAUGCCGGACAUUGACUUAAACUUAAAAGGUCCCAAAAUGAAAGGAGAUGUUGAUGUUUCUCUUCCAAAACUAGAAGGUGACUUGAAGGGUCCUGAAUUUCAUCUCCAAGGCCCCAAAGUUGACAUUGAUGCUCCAGAUGUGGAUAUUCAUGGCCCAGAGGGUAAACUCAAAAUGCCUAAAUUCAAAAUGCCCAAGUUUGGAAUGCCUGGGUUCAAAGGGGAGGGACCAGAUGUGGAUGUAAGCCUUCCGAAAGGGGAGAUUGAUCUCUCAGGUCCAAAAGUAGACAUUGAUGCUCCUGAUUUGGAAAUUGAAGGUCCAGAUGCGAAAUGGAAAGGUCCUAAAUUUAAGAUGCCUGAAAUGCACAUCAAGGCACCUAAAAUUUCCAUGCCAGAUGUUGAUUUACACUUGAAAAGCCCUAAAGUGAAGGGAGAUGUGGAUGUGUCAGUUCCAAAGAUUGAGGGUGAUUUGAAGGGGCCUGAGUUUGAUAUCAAAGGCCCCAAAGUUGAUAUUGAUGCACCAGACAUGGAUCUUCAUGGCCCAGAAGGUAAACUCAAAAUGCCUAAAUUCAAAAUGCCCAAAUUUGGCAUGCCUGGGUUCAAAGGGGAGGGCCCUGAUGUGGAUAUAAAACUUCCUAAGGGAGAGGUGGAUAUUUCUGGGCCCAAGGUAGACAUAGAUGCCCCAGAUUUGAACAUUGAAGGUCCAGAGGGAAAGCUGAAAGGUCCCAAAUUUAAGAUGCCUGAAAUGCACGUCAAGGCACCUAAAAUCUCCAUGCCAGAUUUUGAUUUGAACCUGAAAGGACCUAAAGUGAAGGGGGAUGUGGAUGUUUCUGUACCAAAGUUGGAAGGGGAUUUGAAAGGGCCUGAGUUUGAUAUCAGAGGUCCCAAAGUGGACAUUGAUGCUCCAGAUCUUGAUAUUGAAGGUCCUGAAGGAAAAUGGAAGAGCCCCAAAUUUAAGAUGCCUGACAUGCAUUUUAAAGCACCUAAAAUCUCCAUGCCAGACAUUGACUUUAAUUUGAAAGGCCCUAAAGUGAAGGGGGAUGUGGAUGUUUCUGUUCCAAAAUUAGAAGGGGAUUUGAAAGGCCCUGAGGUUGAUAUUAAAGGCCCUAAAUUGGAUAUAGAUGCCCCUGAUGUGGAGAUUGAAGGCCCUGAUGGGAAAUGGAAAGGUCCUAAAUUUAAAAUGCCUGAAAUGCACAUCAAGGCACCUAAAAUCUCCAUGCCAGACAUUGAUUUGAAUUUGAAAGGCCCUAAAGUGAAGGGAGAUGUGGAUGUUGCUGUUCCAAAUAUACAAGGUGAUUUGAAAGGUCCAGAAUUUGAUCUUAAAGGCCCCAAAGUUGACAUUGACGCACCAGAUGUGGAUCUUCAUGGCCCAGAAGGUAAAUUCAAAAUGCCUAAGUUCAAAAUGCCCAAGUUUGGAAUGCCUGGGUUCAAAGGGGAGGGACCAGACGUGGAUGUAAGCCUUCCGAAAGGGGAGAUUGAUCUCUCAGGUCCAAAAGUAGACAUUGAUGCUCCUGAUUUGGAUUUUGAAGGGCCAGAAGGAAAACUGAAAGGUCCCAAAUUUAAGAUGCCUGAAAUGCACAUCAAGGCACCCAAAAUCUCCAUGCCAGAUGUUGAUUUACACUUAAAAGGUCCUAAACUGAAGGGAGAUGUGGAUGUGUCUGUUCCAAAGAUUGAGGGUGAUUUGAAGGGGCCUGAGUUUGACAUCAAAGGCCCUAAAAUUGACCUUGAUGCACCAGAUGUGGAUCUUCAUGGCCCAGAGGGAAAAUGGAAAGGUCCUACAUUUAAGAAGCCUGAAAUGCAUUUUAACGUUCCUAAAAUAUCCAUGCCAGAUAUCGAUUUAAAUUUGAAAGGUCCUAAACUGAAGGGAGAUGUGGAUGUUUCUCUUCCCAAAGUAGGGGGUGAUUUGAAAGGUCCCAAAGUUGAAGUCAAAGGACCAGAUAUUGAUCUUGAGGCUCCAAAACUUGAUAUAGAAGGAAAGACAAAAAAAUCGAGAUUUAAACUUCCUAAAUUCAGUUUUUCUGGCCCUAAAGUUCAAACCCCUGAUGUGGAUGUGAAACUUAAGAAAUCUGAUAUUGAUAUUUCUGGACCAAAGGUGGAUGUGAGUGCUCCAGAUGUGGACAUUCAGGGGAAAGCAAAAGGAUCUAAAUUUAAAAUGCCUUUCCUAAGCAUUUCAUCACCUAAAGUGUCAAUGCCAGAUGUGGAGUUAAAUCUGAAAGGGCCUAAACUGAAAGGAGACCUAGAUGUUUCUGGCCCAAAGCUAGAAGGGGAUUUAAAAGGGCCUGAAGUUGACAUCAAAAGCCCCCAAAUAGACAUCAGUGCACCAGACAUUGAUAUUCAUGGCCCAGAGGGUAAACUCAAAAUGCCAAAAUUGAAAAUGCCUAAAUUUGGAACGCCUGGGUUCAAAGGAGAGGGACCAGAUAUGGAUGUAAAACUUCCAAAAGGGGAGGUGGAUGUUUCAGGUCCCAAGAUAGACAUUGAUGCUCCAGAUUUGGAAAUUGAAGCUCCUGAUGGAAAACUGAAAGGCCCUAAAUUUAAGAUGCCUGAAAUGCAUUUCAAUGUUCCUAAAAUCUCCAUGCCAGACAUUGAUUUGAAUUUGAAAGGCCCUAAAUUGAAGGGAGAUGUGGAUGUUUCUGUACCAAAACUAGAAGGGGAUUUGAAAGGCCCUGAAGUCGAUAUCAAAGGCCCUAAAGUGGAUAUAGAUGUCCCUGAUGUGGAGAUUGAAGGCCCAGAAGGCAAGUGGAAAGGUCCCAAAUUUAAGAUGCCUGAUAUGCAUUUUAAAGCACCUAAAAUCUCCAUGCCAGAUUUUGAUUUGAAUCUGAAAGGACCUAAAGUGAAGGGGGAUGUGGAUGUUUCUGUACCAAAGCUAGAAGGGGAUUUGAAAGGGCCUGAGUUUGAUAUCAAAGGUCCCAAAGUGGACAUAGAUGCUCCAGAUCUUGAUAUUGAAGGUCCUGAAGGAAAAUGGAAAGGCCCCAAAUUUAAGAUGCCUGAAAUGAAUAUCAAGGCACCGAAAGUCUCAAUGCCUGACAUUGAUUUUAACCUCAAAGGCCCUAAACUGAAGGGAGACAUAGAUGUUUCUGGCCCUAAGAUGGAAGGAGAUUUGAAGGGGCCUGAAAUUGAUAUCAGAAGUCCCAAAGUGGAGAUUGGUGCACCAGACGUGGAUAUUCACGGACCAGAGGGUAAACUCAAAAUGCCUAAAUUCAAAAUGCCCAAAUUCGGAAUGCCUGGGUUCAAAGGAGAGGGACCAGAUGUGGAUGUAAGUCUUCCAAAGGGGGAGAUUGAUAUUUCAGGACCAAAAAUAGACAUUGAUGCUCCUGAUGUGGAGAUUGAAGGACCAGAAGGAAAAUGGAAAGGUCCACAAUUUAAGAUGCCUGAAAUGAAUAUCAAGGCCCCUAAAAUCUCCAUGCCGGACUUUGAUUUGAAUUUGAAAGGCCCUAAAUUGAAGGGGGAUGUGGAUGUUUGUGUUCCAAAAUUAGAAGGUGAUUUGAAAGGUCCUGAAGUCGAUAUCAAAGGCCCUAAACUGGACAUAGAUGCCCCCGAUGUGGAGAUUGAAGGCCCAGAGGGAAAAUGGAAAGGUCCCAAAUUUAAGAUGCCCGACAUGCAUUUUAAAGCACCUAAAAUCUCCAUGCCAGACUUUGAUUUGAACCUGAGAGGCCCUAAAGUGAAGGGGGAUGUGGAUGUUUCCGUACCAGAUUUUGAAGGUGAUAUGAAAGGCCCAGAAGUUGAUAUUAAAGGUCCCAAAUUGGACAUAGAUGCUCCAGAUUUUGACAUUGAGGGUCCAGAGGGAAAGCUGAAAGGUCCUAAAUUUAAGAUGCCCGAGAUGCAUUUCAAUGUUCCUAAAAUCUCCAUGCCAGACAUUGAUUUGAAUUUGAAAGGCCCAGAAAUCGAUAUCAAAGGCCCUAAACUGGACAUAGAUGCCCCUGAUGUGGAGAUUGAAGGUCCAGAUGGGAAAUGGAAAGGCCCCAAAUUCAAGAUGCCUGACAUGCAUUUUAAAGCACCUAAAAUCUCCAUGCCAGAUUUUGAUUUGAAUUUGAAGGGUCCUAAAAUCAAGGGAGAUGUGGAUGUUUCUGGCCCUAAACUGGAAGGGGAUUUGAAAGGUCCUGAGUUUGAUAUCAAAGGCCCCAAAGUUGACAUUGAUGCACCAGAUGUGGAUAUUCACGGCCCAGAGGGUAAACUCAAAAUGCCCAAAUUCAAAAUGCCCAAGUUUGGAAUGCCUGGGUUCAAAGGGGAGGGACCAGACAUGGAUGUAAGCCUUCCAAAAGGGGAGAUUGAUCUCUCAGGUCCAAAAGUAGGCAUUGAUGCUCCUGAUUUGGAUAUUGAAGGUCCAGAGGGAAAGCUGAAAGGUCCCAAAUUUAAGAUGCCUGAAAUGCAUUUCAAUGUUCCUAAAAUCUCCAUGCCAGACAUUGAUUUGAAUUUGAAAGGUCCUAAACUGAAGGGGGAUAUGGAUGUUUCUGUACCAAAAUUAGAAGGGGAUUUGAAAGGCCCAGAAGUUGAUAUCAAAGGCCCCAAACUGGACAUAGACGCCCCUGAUGUGGAGAUUGAAGGUCCAGAUGGGAAAUGGAAAGGCCCCAAAUUUAAGAUGCCUGACAUGCAUUUUAAAGCACCUAAAAUCUCCAUGCCAGACUUUGAUCUGAAUUUAAAAGGGCCCAAAUUGAAGGGAGAUGUGGAUGUUUCUAUGCCAAAUAUUGAAGGUGAUUUGAGAGGCCCUGAAGUCGAUAUUAAAGCUCCCAAAUUGGACAUAGAUGCUCCUGAUGUGGAGAUUGAGGGCCCAGAAGGAAAAUGGAAAGGUCCCAAAUUUAAGAUGCCCGACAUGCAUAUUAAGGCACCUAAAAUGUCAAUGCCUGAUGUGGAUUUCAAUCUUAAGGGCCCUAAGCUUAAAGGAGAUCUAGAUGUUUCUGGACCUAAGUUGGAAGGGGAUUUGAAAGGUCCUGAAUUUGAUAUCAAAGGUCCCAAAGUGGACAUUGAUGCACCAGACAUCGAUAUUCAUGGCCCAGAAGGAAAACUGAAAAUGCCCAAAAUGAAAUUUCCUAAAUUCAGCAUGCCUGGGUUCAAAGGGGAAGGGUCGGAUGUGAAUGUAAAACUUCCAGAAGGAGGGGUUGAUAUUUCGGGUCCUAAGAUAGACAUUGAUGCCCCCAAUUUGGAUAUUGAAGGGCCUGAAGGGAAAUGGAAAGGUCCAAAAUUUAAGAUGCCUGAAAUGAAUAUCAAGGCACCUAAAAUCUCCAUGCCAGACAUUGAUUUAAACUUAAAAGGCCCUAAAAUUAAAGGAGACAUGGAUGUUUCUGUCCCUAAGAUAGAAGGUGAUUUAAAAGGUCCAGAGAUAGACAUUAAAUCCCCCCAAAUGUCUGUUGAUGUUCCUGAUCUUGACAUUGAAGGUCCAGAAGGAAAACUGAAAGGUCCUAAAUUUAAGAUGCCAGAAAUGCAUAUUAAAGCACCCAAAAUCUCCAUGCCAGAUUUUGACUUGAAUUUAAAGGGGCCUAAACUGAAGGGAGACAUGGAUGUUUCUGUUCCAAAGUUAGAAGGGAAUUUGAAAGGUCCUGAAAUUGACAUUAAAGGCCCCAAAUUGGACAUAGAUGCACCUGAUAUCAACAUUGAAGGGCCAGAAGGAAAACUGAAAAGUCCCAAAUUUAAGAUGCCUGAAAUGCACAUCAAGGCCCCUAAAAUCUCCAUGCCAGAUGUAGACCUGAAUCUAAAGGCACCUAAACUGAAAGGAGACAUAGAUCUUUCUGGUCCAAAAAUAGAGGGUGAUUUGAAAGGUCCUGAAUUUGAUAUCAAAGGUCCCAAAGUGGACAUUGAUGCACCAGACAUCGAUAUUCAUGGCCCUGAAGGAAAACUGAAAUUACCCAAAAUGAAGCUGCCUAAAUUCAGUACGCCUGGGUUCAAAGGGGAAGGCCCGGAUGUGGAUGUAAGUCUUCCAAAGGGAGAGGUAGAUAUUUCAGGUCCUAAGAUAGAUAUUGGCGCUCCUGAUUUGAACAUUGAAGGUCCAGAAGGAAAACUGAAAGGGCCAAAAUUUAAGAUGCCUGAGAUGCAUUUUAAGACACCCAAAAUCUCAAUGCCAGACAUUGACUUAAAUUUGAAAGGUCAUAAAAUGAAGGGGGACUUUGAUGUUUCUGCUCCCAAGAUUGAGGGUAAUCUUAAAGGUCCUGAAGUUGAUAUCAAAGGCCCAGAAUUUGGGGUUAGAAGUCCUGAGCUUGAUGUUGAGUGUCCAGAUGUGACCACUGAGGGCCUUGAGGGAAAUGUUAAACUUCCCAAAUUUAAGAAACCAAAAUUUGGGUUUGGAAUUAAAAGUCCUAAGGCAGAAAUAAAAUCUCCUGAAGUGGAUAUUGCUGUCCCGGAAGGUGAACUGAAUGUGGAGUCUCCUGAAAUUGGCAUUUCUGGCAAAGGAAAAAAAAGCAAAUUUAAAAUGCCUAAACUUCAUAUGAGUGGCCCUAAAAUUAAAGGAAAGAAGGGUGGAUUUGAUAUGAGUCUACCCAGUGGUGAGAUUGAUGCAAAUUUGAAAUCUCCUGAUUUAGAUCUCAAUGUAACUGGCCCAGAGGCAACAAUAAAAGGAGAUAUUAAUGUCAAAUCCCCAAAAGGAAAGAAACCAAUGUUUGGGAAAAUCUCUUUUCCAGAUGUUGAGUUUGAUAUUAAAUCACCUAAGUUCAAAGCUGAUGCUUCUGUGACUGUUCCUAAAAUGGAAGGAGAAUUUAAAGCACCCGAUUUGGAGGUUUCCACACCAGGUAUCAAAGGUCCUGAUAUCAAUCUUAAGAAACCUAAGGUCAAACUUCCAAGUGGAAAUAUUGAUAUAGCUGGUCCAAAAAUGGAAGGUGAUCUGAGAAUCCCAGGUAUUGACACAAACAUUAAUGCCCCUGACAUCAAACUUAAAGGACCUACAGUGAAUCUGCCUUCAGUGGACAUUUCUGCUCCUUCAUUCUCUGCAUCUGAUUUUGAUAUUAACUUGAAAGGACCAAAAAUAAAAGGUGAUGUCAGUCUUCCCACAGCAGACCUGGAAGGUCCAGAAGGAAAACUAAAAUUCCCCAAGUUCUCACUGCCCAAGAUAGGGAAACCAGGUCUGAAUUUAGAAGGAGCUGAUAUGCAGCUCCCCUCAGCAAGCGUGGAUGUAUCAGCUCCAAGAAUUGAAGGAGGUGUGAGUGUUCCUGCAACUGAAGGAGUAGAUGCAAAACUGAAGGGACCUAAGGUGACUAUGCCAUCAGUAAACCUUUCAAUGCCCCAAGUCUCUGGACCUGAUUUUGAUGUAAACUUGAAAGGACCAAAACUAAAAGGAGACCUGGAUGUUUCUAGUGACCUUAAAGGUCCAAAGGUGGACAUACAUGCACCAGAUGUUGAUAUGAAAGGCUUUGGAGGAAAGUUACAAAUUGAGGGAGGCAUGAAAGCACCAGGUAUGGAUGUACAUCUCAGUGCCCCAGACCUUGAUAUCAAAGGGCCUACAUUAAAAGGAGAUUUUGAUCUUUCUGGUGGCAUUAAAUCCCCAAAAGUGGCUGUAGAUGCACCAGAUGUUAACUUGGAAGGUCCAGGAGGUGCAAUUAAACUUCCUUCACUGAAGCUCCCCCAAUUUGGCAUUUCUAGUCCUCAUGUUGAGGGGUCUAACAUGGGUGUGAGUAUUGAAGGACCACAAAUUAAAGGAGACCUUACUGGCUCAGGGAUUGAUGGAGAAUUGAAAGGGCCUACAUUUAAAAUGCAACCACUUCAAGUUUCAGCUCCAAAAAUCUCUGCACCUGACAUUGACUUAAACUUAAAAGGACCAAACCUAAAGGGUGAUAUUAAUAGUGCUGGUGAUGUUAAAGGCCCAAAAGUUGGAGUGGAAGCACCAGAUAUCAGCAUCAAAAGUGGAAAUCUUCAAAUACCUUCAGUUAAACUGCCCAAAUGUGACAUUUCAGGUUCCCAAGGCAUGAAGAUUUCUGGGGUGGGUAUUGCAGCUGAUGCUCCUGAUGUCAGUUUAACAGGUCCUGCCUUCAGUGUAUCAACACCAAAAGUUUCUGGGUCAGAUUUUGAUGUAAAUUUGAAAGAACCUAAAAUCAAAGGAGGUUUCGGCAUUUCUGGAGACAUGAAAGCUCCUGAUGUAAAUGUUGGGGCACCACACUUGGGCAUUCAGCAUUCAGGUGGUGAAUUCAAAGGGCCACAGCUUUCAUCUUCUGGUUUUGAUGUAGAAAUGAAUGUGCCAAAUGUUGCAGGGGGUCUUCAUGUUUCUGGACCAAAGAUAGAGGGUGGUCUGAAAGGUCCCAAGGUAGGAAUCAAAGGUCCUGGCAUAGAUAUGAAUUUUCCACAAAGUAACUUAGAAAGUGCAUCAGGAAAAGUGACAUUCCCCAGGAUGAAAUUGCCUAAAUUUGUGUCUUCAGGGCAUGAGGUAACAGGAAGAGAAGUAGGGGUUGAUGUUAACUUCCCUCAGCCAGAUGCCAGUCUCCAGGCUGGUGUGGUGGAGGCUGAGUUUGAAGAGCCAGAUGUCAAACUUAAGAAAUCUAAAAUUAAGAUGCCAAAGUUUAAUUUUUCAAAACCUAAAGGCAAAGGCACCAGUGUUGGCUCACCAGAAGCCUCAGUGUCCAUUUCAGGAUCUAAAGGGGAUUUAAAAAGUUCCAAGGCAAGUCUAGGUUCUAUGGAGGGUGAACUGGGAGGAGGGGAAGCUGCUGCCACUUCACCUAAAGGGAAGUUUUCAUUAUUUAAAAGCAAAAAGCCACGUCAUCGGUCAUCUUCCUUUAGCGAUGAACAUUCCUCCCAGUCAACCCCCACUGGCACCUUGGAGUUUGAGUGCAGCUCAGGAGCAGAGAAAGAAAAGCAGGCGAAGAUGAAAUUUGGAACGUUUGGAGGGAUAGGGUCAAAAACUAAAGGUUCUUAUGAGGUAACUGGAAGUGACGAUGAAGCAGGAAAGAUGCCAGGGAGUGGGGUCUCAUUAACGUCCAAGAAAUCCCGCCUGUCUUCCUCUUCGAGUAAUGACAGCGGGACAAAGGGGGGGUUCCGAGUGCCAGCGGUAGAACUGACCGUUGCCAAAAAGAAAGAGUAAAGCGUCCGUGUAUAUAUGUCUGUGUAUGUAUAUAUAUAUAUCUUCUGUGUGUUUGUAUAUAAAUUUCAUAGCUUGAAAUAUUUUCAACCUCAGCAAUAAAAUGAAUGGUGCCUAGUGAAAUGUUAGAUGUCAUGUUGCCUACUCAAAAAAGAGGAGAGUUUAAAAGCAAGUGACCCUAGAGCUGUACCACAGUUCAUCUGAUGUAUUUGAAAGUUUCUUUGUGUUCAUGAUCUUUGGUUUGCGCGUUAAAUGCUGAGAGCUUAAGUUUACUAGCAAGCUAUUUUGAUAUCCUUUUCAUUUUACUGGAUAUUUUCAGUGUCGGUUUAUGGAAAUAAUGUUUCCAUUUUAAUUACCUUUUGGCUUUUAUUUGCAGGGCUUACAUUUCUAUAAUGAGAAUGGAUAUAUUGAAAACACUGUAAAAUAUAUAGAUACAACUGAAAUAUGUCACUUUCCCUUGUAAUGUGGGGUUUAAAAUGACACGGAGUGUUUAUAACAGAAAGCUGUGGUUUCUAUUAGCUUUGAUAGUUGUGGUGGUAAGAAAAGUACCCCCAGUUUAAUUUAAGACUAGAGAAUCCGGGUUGCUUAUGAUAAAUGUCAUGAAGAAAAACAGAAUUUACCAAUAAACGACUAACCUGUUUUGGGUUGGAUUCGACUGACACCAUCUUAGUUGUCUCCGUAUAUUUGUUUCAUUAUUUGUAUUAUAAGAGAGGACUUUUCUUAGUUAUGGUGCAAAAAUCUGUGACUGCCACUUUUCUGAUAUUUGUUAUAGUUUCUGUUAACAAAUGUAUCUUGAUUUAAAAAAAAAAAUCUUUCAGCACUUUAAUGGCAAAUGAAUUGAGAAUGUAAGAAGAUUGAUCUUGUAAAAUGCAAAUAAACUGUUUAUU